CAGGGGUCCUUUGUGAGGUACAAGCAAAAUGGCCGCCUCCGUUCUCUGUAGGAGGACGCUGGUGGGCUGCCACACAUUUAAGUGUAUUUCAACACCAAAAACGUUAAUUUCUGCCAGCUAUCCGAGCGGGACUCUACUGCAGACGGCGUCGUAUAAUCCCAAACCCCUAAAACUGAAUAUUCGCGAUCCUUAUAUUCCAGACAAGAGCCGGAACGAUACGCCGGACUGGCAGAAGACGGGCAAAUACGAUGGGAAACUGUACGGUCGUUACGGCUCGAGGUCCGGCAUCGACCCUGCCUCGCUGUGGCCCAGCCACACAGAGCUGGACAAGAUAAUCGCAGAGGAAAAUGAGUGGCAUCCUCCGCUAGAGGUCAUGUUGAAGAAUAUUGCGGCCAAACAAAAGGCAGAGGCUGAAAAACGCAUGGCGAAGGAGAAGCUCAUCGCAGAAAACAUGGCCAAAAUGCCCAAGAUGAUCGCCGACUGGCGCAGAGAGAAGCGCGAAACUAAACAGAAGCUCAAAGAGGAGAAGGCACGUCGUGACAAGUUGUUGGCUGAGGCCAGAGAGCGUUUUGGCUACUCGGUGGACCCGCGCAGCCCCAAAUUCUUGGAAAUGGUUGCCGAAAUUGAGAAGGAGGAGAAGAAAAAGAAGAAACUAAUGAAACGCAGACUGAGAGAAGAGCAGGCGGGAGUCCCUGUCACUCCUGCCGUUACCUCCUCGUAAACUUGGACUCGGUCAAUAGAAAUACAUUGUAGCCUUAUCAUCUGCUUAGUCAUCCCAAUUAAGUGCUCAUUUUGUUUUCCAAAGCUGUCUGAUAUUACAAGAGCUCAAUUUCGCAAAACA